CUGCUGGGGGCGGGGAGGAAGAAAGGCGGGCACCAAGCGUUAGGGUGAGUCACUCCUCUUCCUAGGGUUAGGAGAGGGACUUCUCUCCUUUCCCGGGGUCUGCGCAUCAGCUCCAGGCUCCGGGCUCCAGUUCCGCGACUCCCUCAGCUACUCUCCCAGGCGGCGCGUCUCCCGCCUCCCUUCUGAGGCUGGACCCGUCGCCUUUCCGUGUAGGUGAGGACUAGGGUUUUCUAAAUUCUUGGCCCAGAGGAAUUGAUUCCUGUUCUGAAGCUUUUUGAGAGAUCAAAGUUCAGCAUCAUUAGUGAGUCGAAGCUACUGACUGGGUUCCACAGCAAAGGCUUUAGAGAACUGUUUUUUUUUUUCAGUGCAAACAAUAAUGACUUUCAUGAACUGUAAUCUCAGUAGAACACACUUUCUCUGUAACCUGAAAGAACACCCUGCACUCGUCAGCAAAUCUGUGGAGACCUUAUAAAAAAUCCUUUUAACUGAACAGCUACAACUCCAGGUUGGCCAGGGGGGAAUCUUAACAAUCGUAAUUACCCAUUUGCCUUCUGGAAGAUUCAACUGCUGCCAUCCAGAGCUGCUCCUGCAGUACCAUGUCUAAGAACUCAGAGUUCAUCAACCUGUCAUUUUUAUUGGAUCAUGAGAAGGAAAUGAUCCUGGGAGUCCUAAAGAGAGAUGAAUACUUGAAAAAAGUGGAAGACAAGAGAAUAAGGAAGCUGAAAAAUGAACUUUUAGAGGCAAAGCGUAGAAGUGGGAAGACUCAACAAGAGACCAGUAGAGUUUGUGUUCACUGUCAGAAAAACCUUGGCCUCAUCUUUGACCGGGGAGAUCCAUGCCAAACGUGCUCACUCAGGGUGUGCAGUGAGUGUCGAGUCACAGGCCUUGGUGGCAGCUGGAAGUGCACUGUCUGUGCCAAAGUCGCACAGCUAAGAAUUAUAAGUGGAGAAUGGUUUUUUGAAGAAAAGGCAAAGCGUUUCAAGCAAGUCAAUGUUCUGGGCACUGAUGUUGUUCGACAGUCCAUCUUAAGAAGAAGUCCAGGAUCUGAAGAAAUACAGGGCCAAGGGCAAGCCCAUCAAGAUGUAGACAAGCCCGAUGCUUCAUCUUCUAUCAGGCAGAAGGCCACCCACGAAGGGUCCAAGAGGAAGGGAUUUCUUCUGAGCAAGUUCAGAUCAGCAACCAGAGGAGAAAUCAGAACUCCAAAGCCUGACAGUGGGAGGAGCUAUAGCUUGGAUUUAGAUAGUCAAAAUCUUCAGAAUUUCAAGUCAGGCCCUGGUUCAGACAGGAGAAGUGUCGCUUCAUCAGAUCUCACUGACCAGGAGGCAGGACGAGGAACACCGAAAAACGGUUACAGCAAUGGUGGAAUCCCAGUCACUCAGAGGUCACCAGCCCCAAGUGCUCGUAGUGUGACCUCUAUCAGCAGUAGAGAACAUAGGUUUGAGAACUCCAUAACUUUGGCUGCCAGUGAAAGCACUUCUGAGCAUCUCACAAAGAGUCACCGCAGAAACACAUCUGGUACACCUUCCAUAGCAGUAUCUGGUGCCUCCCUUUCCUCAGACCAGAGUCAAUCUGAGUUAGAUUUGAGUGAGUCAUUUCCGGAAGACUUACAGGACGUGUCAAGCAUAAAAAGCAGAUCUGUCCCUGGGGCAUUAGACAAAGAUUUGAACUCUUUAGAAGAGACUGAAGAUGGUGAUGAUGACUUAGUGUCAUCUGGGUUUUCUGCAAAUCCCCACAGUCUGGCAACAGGUCUGUCAACGAACUCCCAAGCAGGAUCUGAUAGGAAGAGGAGCUACCUAAAUGUGCCUGAUGCUGAUUCAGACACCACCAGCCUUAAUAGCAUGAUGAGUGUUUACAGUGAAACAGGAGACUAUGGCAACGUGAAGGUCACUGGUGAAAUUCUUCUCCACAUCAGCUACUGCUACAAAACUGGUGGCCUCUACAUUUUUGUCAAGAAUUGCAGAAAUCUGGCCAUAGGAGAUGAAAAGAAACAGAGGACAGAUGCUUAUGUCAAGUCAUACCUUCUUCCAGACAAGUCCCGAAGCAAUAAGCGCAAGACAAAAAUCAGGACAGGUACCAAUCCAGAAUUCAACGAAACAUUAAAGUAUACCAUCAGCCACACACAGCUGGAAACAAGAACUCUGCAGCUCUCAGUCUGGCACUAUGAUCGCUUUGGACGCAACAGUUUCCUUGGAGAGGUGGAGAUUGCUUUUGACUCAUGGAACUUUGAAAAUCCAUGUGAUGAGUGGUUUGUGCUUCAGCCCAAGGUGGAGUUGGCUCCUGAUGUUGGCCUUCAAUACAGAGGAGAGUUAACAGUUAUUUUACGUUACAUUACUCCAGAGGAGAACUCCAUAUUCCCAGUAAGACAACCUCAAGGAAAGAAGACCUUUAAAACAGGGAAGAAACAAGAGUCAGCUGUCAUCUCUGGGGGAAUACUUGAAGUGUUCAUCAAGGAAGCAAAGAAUCUGACCGCAGUCAAAUCGGGAGGCUCUGACAGCUUUGUGAAAGGCUACCUGCUUCCUGAUGAUAAUAAAGUCACCAAGCACAAAACUGUGGUUGUAAAAAAGAGUGUUAAUCCUCAGUGGAAUCAUACAUUCAUAUUCAGUGGCCUGUAUCCUCAGGAUAUAAAGAAUGUUUGCCUAGAACUCACCAUCUGGGACAAGGAGGCCUUUUCCAGCAACAUCUUUCUAGGAGGUGUUCGUUUAAAUUCUGGAAGUGGUGUCAGCCAUGGGAAGACUGUAGACUGGAUGGACUCUCGUGGGGAAGAACAACGCCUUUGGCAAAAGAUGGUUGACAACCCUGGAACAUCUAUAGAGGGAGUUCUCAUGCUACGCUCCAGCAUGGCAAAAUGUAGGCUCUAAAAUGGCAAAUUAUCCAAGAACUACGUCUCUAGUUGCCUACUGUUUUCUCUCAACAUAGUACUUGGGCCUUGAAUUCUAUUUCGCUGUCAUUUCUCACCUAAGGGUAUUAGUACAUGAGGGGAGAUAUGUCAGUGUUGUGAAAAUUUAGGAUUUUGCUAAUUGUUUAAAAACAUAUGCUUCUAUAUGUUCACCUACGCAGACUUUCCUGAUUAGACAAUGGGAAGUGUAUCACUCCAAGCAAACUGUGCAAUGGCUCAUAGGCUUUUGUAUCGACAGAAAUGACACAGGCUUAUUGGAAAAUACUGUUGAGAUUAGGUGUACUCAACACUUUUCCAAACAAAUUACUUAAUAUUUCUUCAGUUUGUGAUAAAAAGGGAACACCAAGAAGGUUGACUGCUUGAAGAAUAACAAAGAGACAUGCUUGCCACAUUUUGUGUAUCCUAGGAUUACCUGUGAUGUAAAGAAGACAUGCUAGCGAUGUUUUGGGAGUUGGGGUAGAAACCCUUUAUAGUGGCAAAAUUCAGGAUGGAGAUAAUAAUGUUUCAAGAUAUACUGGUAGGAUUCUGGUAAUUGCACUUUUUGAAAGUGAAGAGAGCUAAUUGAUUACACACACACACAUACACACACACACACAAACACACAUACACACACACGCGCGCACACACACUGCAAAACACAGACACAAACUAGAACAUGUAUAGAGAAAUUGGAAUAUAGGGUCAUCUUGCUGAUAAACUAGCAAUUAUAGAACUCUGUUACAAAAGUUAUUUUGUCAAAUAUUAUAAACCAUCAAGUAAAAGGAAAUAAGAGCCAAUCAAUUCAUAUUGUCACAUUUUGUUCACUAGUAAGACUAGUUAAGUGAAAAAGGAGAGGUUCCACUAUCUAUCUCUUUCCUGUGCUGAUGUAGGCAAAAGUCAGGAACUCCAUUUUCAAACUUCAAUUUUCUCUUACCCAAUUCUUACUAUUUUCUUAUAUUAUUAUAAUAGCAAGUAAGAAACUACUCCAAAAGCCAAUGACUUAAAAUGAAAAUCAGUUUUUUUCAUGUCUAUGAAGAUUGACUAGGAAAACUCUGCUUCCUUCUUAUAGGCCUGAGAGUGUAAAUCAGAUGCUUAUAUCUCAUCCUCAUUAGACCCAAAGAAUAGCCUCAGAAUGGUGAUAGCAGCAGUGUACUUGGAUAAGUCCCACUACUAAGAACAUGUGUUAUACCUCAUUGGUCAAAAGGAGGUCAUAUUGCUAAGUCCAAAACCAAUAGAAAAGGAAAUAUGCCUUGCUCACAGUGAUGCCAAUAACAAGAGUGAGGAUUCAAGAAAGGAUGGUGAAACACAGACCAAAAGUUGAAUCCAUUAUAAGUCCUGUCAUUUUGGUGCCUAAGCUACCAAAUUUAGAAGCAAAGUCAGUUAAAUCCAGAAGGGAUGCCAAGCCUGGCUCUUUAUUUUGUAGGUUCCAAUCCUGCAUUCCAGAGAACUGAAAUAAUUUAUUCAAGAUUGUAUUAAGACUGUGACUGAAUCUGGACUUAGCUACUAGACAACUUUGACAUGACUCUAUGCUUAUAAAGGUAGAUAGAAGAUCAUAUGUCAAAAAAAGUAGAUCAUAAUCUGAUUAUUUAAACACAUAUAUGGUCUAUGCCAUAUGUGGUAGGUUACACUUAUAAUCCCAGCACUUUGGAGAUGGAGGCAGAAGGAUCAGGAAUUCAAGGUGGGCCUUGGCUACAUAGAGAGUUUUAAGCUGUCCCGGGCUAUAUAGCCAGACCCUGUUUCAAUGGCAUCCCAUGCACCAAAAAUAUGCAUGCUUCAGAUGCUAUGGAGUAAGAUUAAGUCCCCAUAGCUCAUUUCUUCAUUUGAAUACAUGUAACCCCUUUAAAAUCUAACAAAUGAAUGUUAGUAGUAAGAGAACUUAAACCAUGUUCAGAUUCAUUCUACAGAAUUGUUACACAUAUUUAGAUAUGGUUUUGAAAUUUGAAAACUGAUUUAAGAGUGUAUUUAAUAUUCCCCCUAGUAAGGGACUACACAAACAAUUUAGAGCACUAUUCAAAAAUAGGCCACCUGUAGAAAACUCAGCCUAUUGUAACUUAGUAAGUACCGUACUUGUUAAGAAUUCUCACACCAUUAUGCUGACCUUCUUAAAAACAGAUAUGAAAACUAUAUGCUUGGUACUGUUUCUCACAUUGGAAAAAUAAACUGUCUUCAAACAUGAUACGAUUUAGCCACUACUCACUAUCAUCUUCGGGGAUGUGAGAAGGUACUGAUGGUGAAGCCUACCUCUGGAGUAGAUAUAACAAAGUAGAUUUAUUCACUAAAAAUGUGGCUAAAUAAUUCUUAAAUUUAUAUUUCAAACUCAAGAACCUGAACCUUUGUGUUCAGGCUGAAUUCAAAGCAAUUCUCUGUACAAUAGUUUCAUGAAUUCCAACAUUUAACCGGGUAUUUAUAUAUAACAAACCCACAUGCACGAACUACAUCAGAAACCCACUCUAGUUGCUCCUGAAAACAAAAGCAAACACCCUCAGAUUGCUCUGUUUUCUUAAAUGUAUGUACAAAAUAAUAUUUAAAAUACAAGUUGGGUGUGUUGGUAUAUAGCUGGAAUCCCAGUAUUUGGGAGGCUAAUCAGGAAUCCAUAUCAAAAGUAAAAUAUUCUCUGAAUGGCAUAAAAUUCAAGUGCUUAAAGACUAUGAAGAGCCUUUGUCCACCUCUUCUGCAUGAAAGUAUACUGUCAGUGUCAAUCUUUUCUAUGCCUAUAGGGUCUAUAGGGUUUGCUGUAUAGUAGGCCAAUAAAUAUGCUCAGUCAGUGUUAGCAGAUGCCACUGGAAAUAUGGACAAACCAUCUCUGCUUAAUGGCUUCUGACAGAAAUCUUCUCUUUUUAAAAAUACUGUGGAAAUCAAAAUGAGAUGUACUAUCUUACUCAGCUAUCCACUGUCAGGCAUCUAACCUACAGAAGUAGAUACAUAUAUGAGAAAGGAGCACCUAUAUAUUGCUUGUGUUUGUGAAAGAGAUCAUAACCAAUGCAAAAUCUACAAACAGAAGUCUGAAAAUCACACACUCCAGAUUUUUUUCUGUUUCUAGUUGCUAGUCGCUUCUACUCUUGUGCCUCUGAGAAUUCUCAGCAUCGCUGUUACCAUUUGGACCCUUCAGUGCUCUCUUUCUCCUCACUUCUAACCUACUUUCAAGGUAUUGGAUACUCUUAUAUCAUAAAACUUGCAUAUCCAAUGCAGAUCUUUCUUCUCAGCUCUAGACCCUGAGAUCCAUCAAAUCAGUUUACCUAUUCCUGUCACAGACAAGUAAACAGCUAAGACAUCAUAGGGAAAACCAUGUAGGUCACAAGUAUCUAUUUCAUUGGACGCCUUGAAAGCGCUAUGCAACCAAAUGACCCACUAUGACUUUAAGACAAAAUUUACCUAGCAGUUGCCACUGAUGACCAAUCCAAGCUUGCCAGCGCCCCAGAAGACAUUACCAGACAUAUGAACUUGAUUCCAAAAAUAUUUGUAUUACUCCUUUCUAGAAUUGGCUUCCAAAAUAAUCUGUGUUACUCCCUCUUUCUAUAAUAAAAAGAUAAUCCUUC